AGAUCUGUGAUGUGUGAAUUACAGAUGCUAAGUUGUCUAAAGGUAUGUCUGAACGUGUGUUUUACUGCAUAUGGAUGGAUUCGUGGCUGUUAUUUGUACUUUGUUCGGAGGUUAACGUCUAUAGGGGAUGUUCAGAACAUAUUAAAAAAAGACGUCAUAAAAACGUUCAUUCUGACUCCUCAGUGUCAACGUACGACUUUUGUGACAAAGACGGACAUAAGACGGACAUCUUCUCGACAUAGUGGGUUGAGAUUAAAAUAUGUCAAAUAUUUCGUUCGUGUUGUUUCUACAUUAUUUACAUUUUCAUAUGAUCUUGAGGACCGCCCAUUUAAAACAACCUAACUUAACCCACUGUGUGAUUUCCGUUUCACUUUGACAAAAUUAGACUCCAAGAAAGAAGAGGAACAGAGCACGUUUAUUUCAUUGAAUCUUCUCAUGAGGAAACGUGGAUGAAAUGAACUUUAUUUAUAUUUUGAUCUCAGCGAGUAUUUUGCUCGACCAUGGUGUUUUUCAUGUUGGUUCAGAUGGAGUGUCAGUGUUUGUGAAGGAGGGAGAUUCAGUCACUCUAAACACUGGUAGUAAAACAAACCAACAAGAGAAGAUUAAAUGGUAUUUUAAUGACAUUCGCAUCGCUCAAAUCAAUGGAGAUCUCAGCUGUAUCUGUACAGAACUUCAGUGUAAUGAAGGUACUGAGAGAUUCAAGGACAGACUGAAGCUGGAUCAUCAGACUGGAUCUUUGACCAUCAGAGACAUCAGAUUCACAGACUCUGGAAAAUAUGAAUUAAAAAUCAUCAGCGACAAUAACAAUGAUAAGAUCUUCAAUGUUUCUGUCUGUGAAAUGGAUCAAAUCAAGAGAAAAUCAUUGAAGGAAGGGCAAUCUGUCACUUUUUAUCCUGGUGAAAUAAGAAAACCAAAUGAUGUGAUGACGUGGUAUUUUAAUGAUACUUGUAUUGCUGAAAUCUCUGGAGAUCAGCGUAAGAUCUGUACAGAUGAUCAGUGUGAUGAGAGAUUCAGAGGAAGACUUCAAGUGAAUCAGACUGGAUCUCUGACCAUCACAAACAUCAGAAACACAGACUCUGGAAAUUAUACACUAGAGAUCAUCAGCAACAAAUGCAGCAUCAUGAGCUUUAAUGUUCCUCUUAUUGAAACUCCAGCACUGGAUCAACCUGGUAUAAAGGAAAAAUUUGUUCUCAUAUUUCCACUACUGGCCAUGGGCGCAGUGAUUUGCUGUCUCUACUGGAAGUCUAAACAAAAAAGUGUAAAAUGCCUCACUGAGCCAUCGGAUUUCAACAAAAAUAUCUUAAUUUAUGUUCAGAAGAUGAACGAAGAUGAACUUACGGGUGUGGAACAUGAGGAUGCAGCAGAUCCCAACCACAGCUGCAAUCACCAGCAACAGAGAUCAGCACUAUGUUAAAUAAAAGUAGACGCUGAUCUGUAAUUUACAAAAUCUGUCCAUCUGACCUUGAAUAAGACUGAGAUCUCAGUAAUGAUUUAUUUUAAGUCAAAAACAGCUCAGCUGAAUAAAUAAUCACUGCACAGCAAAAUCCCCAGAGUUAAAUCAACUCCACUCUUUUACAUUUGGUCCCUCUCUAAAUAGUGUUAAAAUAACACUGAAGCAGAGUUAAAGUUAAUGAGAUAAUUAAGCAAUUCAUUAAGUGAUUGAGCAAUAAUGAUAAACACCUGCUCUUAACAAGCAGAAUCACUGAAGAAAAGAGAAAGAACUAAAAAUUGUUAAUGAAAACAGCAUUACCAGCUUUACAUUACUAACCAGACUGACUUUAUUUUCAAACAUCUACAGAAUUGAGAAUUAACAGAGGUUUAUUGGUCAAGAAAAGAAAAUGAAAAAAGAAAAGAAAAGAAAAGAAAAGAAAAGAAAAGAAAAGAAAAGAAAAGAAAAGAAAAGAAAAGAAAAAAACGACACCACCAUGAUGAAGAUCAGCAUUUGCUUAAGUUGGGCUCUUGACCCUUGAUUACAUUUUUUUUCUGCAACAAUGUGAUGUUGUUGUAAAGCAGUGAGGUUAGUGCUCUACAGUGAGCAGAUAUUAGCUGCUUUUAUGUGAUGAUGUAGUUGUUGUGAAAUUCUUUGGUUGCAUGGGUCCAAAACAACUGUUCAUAUAUUUUAGUUUUGUUUUUCCAGCCCUGUGAAACUUCAGCAUGAGGAGAGAGAGAAAUAAAAGCAUUGCAGCAAACAGACAUAUUGAAUAAUUUUAAAACCGUGUAGUGCAUAAACUUUUUUGAACACAGAGACAUCAAGAAUCUGCAUAUGAAUCUUAACAAUGGUGAUAGAAAAAAAAAAAAAAAAAACGCUUCAUGCUGCAAUGCAUGCUGGGUAUCACCAUAGGACAAAACUCCCAUCAUAUAUUGCAGUAUGAAUAAUUAUUGUCACCACUGUUGAGGAUUGUAUGCUAUAUUUUCAUGUAUAAGCCUGGGGCCGUAUUCACAAAACAUUUUAUCUUACCUCUAAGAGUUCUCCUAAAUAGCAGUAAAAGUUCUUAGCUAAUAGUUUUCUCUUAAAACCUGUUCACAAAGCUGCUGAGAC